AUGAACGGCGCCCAUCUGCAAGUCCUGAAUAGCUUCAUCUACCUGGGCAGCACCCCCUUCCGCACCACCAAGAUCGACGAUGAAGUGGCUUACCGGAUCUCCAAAGUGAGCCAAGCCUUCGGUCGUCUGCAAAGCACCGUCCGGAAUCGCCACGGUCUCGACCUCGGCACCAAACUGAAAAUGUGCAAAGUGGUUAUCUUGCCGACCCCACUGUAUGUAGCAGAGACCUGGAUGGUGUGCAAGAAGGAGGCACGAAGACUCAACCACUUCUACCUCAGCCGUUUUCGAAGGAUAUUGAAGCUGAAGUGGCGGGACCGGAUCCCGGACAUGAACGUACUGGAACGGAUGGGGAUCGCCGGCAUCUGCGCCAUGCUGAGGCAACUGAAACUGACUUGGAGCGGCCAUCUCGUGCGGAUGGACGACAAGCGGCUACCCAAAAUACUCUUCUACGGAGAUGUCGCCACGGGUUUACACCGACAAGUAGAUCGAGUCCGGCGCUACAAGGACGUCCCGAAGACUUCCCUGAGACGCCUGCAAAUAAAUCCCACCAACUGGGAAGACAUCGCCCGAGACCGACCAACCUGGUGGAGUGCAGUGGAGACAGACGCAGCGAUCUACGAAACCAACCGCACCACCGCCUCCAAAGCCAAACGUAAAGCUCGUAGACCUCAAAUACCCUCUCCUCAUAACGUCAACAAUCAACCACCCCCGACCUGCUCACGUCGCCGCGGACAUUCCGGGGCACCAAUCAGUCUCAUUAGACAUCUUCAAACCAACUGCAACACCCGGACGGCACCUCAUGAUGCCCCGCCGCAAACCUCCGCCUCGCCCCCACGCCGACAAUCAACACUGGCCGCACUCCUGAACCCCCACCGCUAUCCAUCGCCUCAACAUCCGCUGCGACGGCUCCUGCACCCACCACCACUGCACUCAAUCCAGACAACCGCCAAACCCACCACCACCAAAGUGCGCGAUUUAAACUCGGCUCAUGCCUGUCCUCAUUGCGAUCGCAUUUUCACUUCACACAUCGGCAUGAUCGGUCACUUGCGAAUCCAUCGCACACAGGCUGGCGAACAAGUACUUGGAGCACUAACCAACACGCUGCAUCCGCCUAAACGGCCUUCACUGCACCCGCGCACUCACUCGCCGCAUGGUCCUUCUAGGUUGCGUGCGUAUCCACGAGAGCGGUAUUCACUCCAGCCUCGAAACACCCAGUGCAUCCUGCACAUCCACUAUGUCUAA